CAAACUGUACAAGAAGGGCGUCGCCGUUUACGGCGGAAGAUAAAGAAUGGAGGGACGUUUAUAAAAGGCGCGUUUGGGGAACCAUUCAUUCUGAAGGAAAUAAAUCUUCCAUUUCUGAACUUUUAAAGACCUCUUCUGACAUCGAACAUAUCCUGCAUCCUUCCGCGUUGAAGCUUUCAGAAACAGUAACGUUAGAUGAUCACUUCCCUUGGAGUCGUUCGAUCAGUUUUUGAUUUCGUUAUAUCAUGAAAAUGGAAUGUAAACUCUUGCCAUUUCUAGACCAGAAGCCAGAGACAUCCUCCCCAAAAUAACUCUUGUGCUUCAUGAGAGCACCGUUGGAUAACCAAUCAAAUCAAAACCAAACACAAACCAAAUAGAAAUUCAUCUGACAGAUGGUGGAUGCUUCCGUUUCCUUCUAGAAAGACAGCAAACCAAAGGAAUAAGAGAUUUUUAUUUUGCUUGCAUUUUUGCCCAAAAGAGCCUAAAUUAUUUCUGACAAUUGCAUUUUGAACCGUUAUAGUAGCUCAAACAUGUUAAAAACGGGACCAGUGAUGGAGGCAGUGGAUAUUGCAGUGGUUGCACUUUAUUUUGUCCUUGUGCUUGCAAUUGGUCUCCUCUCCAUGUGGAAGGCCAAUCGUAGCACUGUCAGCGGCUACUUCCUGGCAGGUCGAACUAUGAAUUGGGUGGUAAUCGGUGCCUCACUGUUUGUCAGCAACAUCGGCAGUGAGCAUUUCAUUGGACUUGCUGGUUCUGGUGCAGCCAGUGGUUUUGCAGUGGGUGCCUGGGAGUUCAAUGCCCUUCUGCUUCUGCAGCUGCUCGGAUGGGUGUUCGUCCCAGUUUACAUCUACUCUGGAGUUUACACCAUGCCAGAGUACCUCUCCAAGCGCUAUGGAGGCAGGCGGCUAAAGGUUUACUUCGCAGCUCUCUCACUUCUACUGUACAUCUUUACUAAACUCUCAGUGGACUUGUACGCAGGAGCUCUUUUCAUCCAGGAGUCUCUUGGCUGGAACCUCUACCUGUCGAUCAUCUUGCUUAUCUCCAUGACCGCCUUGCUCACAGUAACCGGUGGACUGACGGCUGUGAUCUACACAGACACUCUGCAGGCCGUGCUCAUGAUUGGCGGUGCAUUAACCCUUACCAUCAUCAGUCUGGUCAAAAUAGGCGGUUUGGAAGGAGUGCGGGAAAAAUACAUGGAGGCGAUCCCCAAUGUCACAGCCAUCCUUGCUAACAACAACUUCAGCUUUCAGUACACAAACUCCUGCAGAAUUCAUCCCAAGCCAGAUUCCCUCAAGCUCCUACGAGGGCCGCUUGAUGAAGACAUCCCUUGGCCAGGCUUCCUUUUGGGUCAGACACCCUCAUCCAUUUGGUACUGGUGUGCUGACCAGGUCAUUGUCCAGAGAGUGUUGGCUGCCAAGAAUAUUGCCCAUGCUAAAGGCGCCACACUUAUGGCAGGAAUACUUAAAAUCCUUCCUAUGUUCAUCAUUGUUAUACCAGGAAUGAUCUCCCGAAUAUUGUUCCCUGAUGAGCUAGCAUGCAUCGGACCAGAGCACUGCAUGGCUGUGUGUGGCAGUCAGGCUGGCUGUUCCAACAUCGCCUACCCUCGGCUGGUCAUGAGCGUGAUGCCGGUGGGUCUCCGAGGGUUGAUGAUGGCUGUGAUGAUCGCUGCCCUCAUGAGUGACCUGGACUCGAUUUUUAACAGCGCUAGCACAAUCUUCACAUUAGACAUUUACAAAAUGCUGCGUGGAUGUGCCUCCUCCUUUGAGCUAGUGGUCGUCGGCAGGUUGUUUGUGAUAAUCAUGGUGACUAUCAGCAUCGCUUGGGUGCCUGCCAUUAUUGAGAUGCAAGGUGGCCAGAUGUACUUGUACAUUCAGGAAAUGGCAGGAUACCUCACACCUCCCAUUGCUGCCCUCUUUCUGCUUGGAGUCUUCUGGAAACGCUGCAAUGAGACCGGCGCAUUUUGGGGCAGCAUGACUGGGUUCGUACUGGGCACCACCCGCCUCUUCCUUGGGUUCAUAUAUCGGGAGCCAAAAUGUGACCAGCCAGAUGAACGCCCGGCUUUCAUCACACAUGUCCACUACAUGUACAUUGCUGCCGGGCUGUUUUGGAUCUCUGGGCUGGUGGCUGUGUGUGUCAGUCUGUGCACAUCACCCCCAGAAGAGGAGAGGAUCAAGCGGACCACAAUCUGGGGCUUGAAAAAACUUAAACGCCUUCCUAUGACAGAACGAGAAGAGAUGUACAAACUCACUAAUGGCAGUGGCGACAGUGUUCUCAAGAAAGAUGUUCCUGAAGACAUCCAGAAGGAGAGAUGCCUUGAUGGGGCUGACAUGAAACUCCUUAUGCCCUCCUCUUGUGACCAAGAUCCCAUGACCCCCAGCACUGAGGCAUCCACACCGAUGGAUCUUAUUGCCAAUGGUCAUACAAAUCUUGUAAAACAGAAGAAUCAAGGCAAGUGUGAUGAAAAGAGCUGCCUUCAGCGGUUUGACUGGAUCUGUUGUCACAAAGAGAAAACGUCUGUUAUCGAACCCAAAGUCACUGAGGGAGAUGAAAGAGCUGUACGUGAAAUGCUUUAUGAACCUCCUAAGAUCAAGAUCUUACUUAACGUAGGCCUGGUAUUCGUCUGUUCACUGGGUGUUUUCAUGUUUGUGUACUUCUCCAUGUAAUAUGCUGAUCUUGCAGUACUGUAAGGCCUGUGUGAAAGACCGCAUAUUUAUAUGAACUAUUUGUUAAUACAAGCCAUUUAGAGUCUGUAAUAUUUACAGUGUGGUUUAACUUCCUUUUAGGGACUCUAAGCAUUUUUAAUCAUACUGAUGGAAGUUAUUUGUUCUUUGCCUUGACUCUGUCACACCUCCUUAAAAAAUAAUCAACUCUUCUUUGUGGUAUGUUGAUGAACAAAUGUGUUGUUGAAACGGUAGCUUUUUGUAUAGUUUUUUUGAGCUAAGCUAAUGACAUUAUAAUAUUUUUUGCCUUGCUGAAUUUCGCCUUAACGUGUUCACUCCUCCAAACCAAAAUGGUCAGUUUUUUCCCCCUCAAUGGACCACUCAACUUCACUGUGUAAGGAAUUUGUCUUUUGUAUGUGUUUGUAAUUGUAAGCACACUCGUAGGAAUACCAAAUUUCUAAAACUUGACCUCACUUGUAAAUGUGUCACCCGUGUAACUGGAAAAGUCUGACCGAGGUUUAAAUGUUAAAUGGAAAUUGUGAAAAUAAUGUUGUUCCAUCUGAUUAAACCUUCCUAAACACAAGUAUUUAUGUAAUAACAAUGUAAAUUGUAACUGUAACUCUGUAUUGUAAUUUUCUUACAACUUUUUGGAUUUGUCGCUCCUUUCAUCCUUUCCAAAAAACAAAAAAAACAAAACACCAAAAUGCCUUUUGUGCAGAGCAUAAGCUGUAAAGACACUGCUUUGUUUUCAUUUUGGGAAUUUAACAGUUAAUGUGAAAAGACUUCCAGAGGUUUUCACUACAAAACAACGCAACUGUAAACACAAACUGGUUAUGUGGAUGUUAUACUAAAUCAAAACCGCCGCAGGAAUGACUUGCUAGCUAGAGAACACUAUCACUAAUGUGUUAAUAAUGGAUAUUAUGAUAUCCUAAAAAGGGUCAUUAAGACUGGGAUGUCCAAUUUUGAUUGCUGCGCAAAAUAGUAUCUUUUUCUUCUAGAAGAAGAAUUUGAUUGUGGCUGCAGUAACAAGCAUUGCCUGUUGUUGAUCUGCUGGUGAAUGCACUAUUUGUUCAGACAAAGGGGAACUGCAGGAUGGCCUUAUCGAAUAUGAGAUAAGAUGAACUUCUCAUAUUCUUGUACUUCUUUUAAGUACAAGUUUACAAUCGUUGUAUUAAGAACUUGAAAAGCCCUCAAUUAUAAUUCAAUUUGAAUUCCAAAGUUAUGUCAAAAGAAUUAUAUGGAUUAUUAUUUUUUUUAAAUCAUUCCAAAUAAAAUUAGAUCAUUAGAUCUAAUUAGAUCAUUGGAGGGCUUUUUACAUUGAAAAUGUAAUAUAUGUUAAUCACUCUGUGUAGUAAAACCCAUUUUUAUACAAAUAAUCUUUUUGUAAAAGGCACAUUAAUAAAAGAAAAUGUUCAAUAGAGAUUUGUUCAUUAUAUUAAUUGAUCCAAAUUAAUGGUUUGGUUUGUGACUGCUAUCAGCUAUAAGCUCAUAUUGUUUUUAUCUGUAGAUUCAUUCUCGGUCUCAGAGUAAAAAAAAUCCCAGUCAUAUCACUGCCUAAGUUGAAAUAAAAUUACUUUAAAGUAAAUGUACAAUGUUUAGGAACUGUUGUGAUUAUCUGAGGCUUAAUAAAUUCAGAUUCAUUGUUCUCAACAUCCAAACCUGACAUGAUAUCCUUGAAAUUACAAAAUAAAUGUUCCGUUUUCAUGUGUUGUAUAGACUUUAUGCUCCAACAGAAAAUCUUUUUAGCACACAAUAAGCACUUGCAUGCAUGUUCUGACAGUGCCAUACUACUUGCUUAAGGGCGUGGAAGUGAUUGUUGGUUUUGGGUACACCGCAGAUUUUCAAACCAAUACCCAAAGUUUUUAAAUAUUUAUCCAUGCAUUUAAUAGUGAAAUGUUUUUAUUUAUUUUUUUUUUUUUAAUCAAAGGUACUUAUACAUUAUGUUGUUUGUUUGUGUUUGAUAAUGUGAAUUUAAAUGUACUGUUACAUUUUAUUUAACAUAACAAAAGGGUUUUGUGUUUAUUUGGUUUAAUUUGAUUUGAGUCGCUUGUUUUGUUUGAAUCAUUUAUUACUGAAUAGUGUAUAGUUUGCAGAUAUUUCUUGUUGUGUGAUUUAGAAUGUGUACAUAUGGCAAUUACUUGUGUUGCAGAAAUCUGGCUUUAUCGAUUCAUUGGGAUGAGUUCCAGGAGCUAAAAAGAUGCAUAUGGAGUUUAUUGCUUUCAAUCUUUGAUCUUAUCAAAAAUUCACAAAUGAUUUGUACAUUGUACAUUUGCUACUUUUAUUAUCAGAUGUUGCAGAUGAAUAAAAAGACAUUCAUUUGAGAAGAACAAA